UGUACAGUCAGGGACAAAAACAAGAGGCACAGAACAGAAGGAGAAAAGGGACAAGCUGGGCCUUUGUUAACAUUGUACUCAGCACCUUUAGAAAACAGACUGCUCAGUGCAUUGGGCCCAGCCCUAUUAGAGGGACUGGAGUAGGUGCAGCUUGUGACCCAAUGACACUGGGGGAUAGUCCCUGAGGUCUGUCAAGUCUGCAGCUGCAUCUGCUAGUCUCUCGUGGCACAAUGCUUGGCUCACAUAAACUGUUGCUGUUGUACACUUGUUCUCUCCUGCUGACCAUGGUCUUCAGUUCAGAGACUUCAAAACCAGCUAAGAACAGAAAGAAAGGACAUGCCAAGGGAAAAGAGAAUCCAGGCACCUUCCAGGAUAAAGGCCAUGGGAAAGCAUCUCCAGAUCCUGUUCUAGGAGGGAACUCUUUUGUCCCUUCUCCAUAUUAUAGUUUAGUGGAAGAAUUUGAGCAAAGUUUAAUUGAGAUGGUAAACCAGCUAAAGAACACCUCUGUGUCCUCAAGUAGCCGAUGUGAAGUGAACCUGAGACUUUGGAUUUCUAACAGGAGGAGUCUUUCACCUUGGACUUACAGUAUCAAUCACGAUGAGAACCGCAUUCCUGCAUCUAUACCAGAGGCUCGUUGCUUGUGCUCUGGCUGCAUCAACCCAUUCACCAUGCAGGAGGACCUCAGCAUGUCCAGCAUUCCAAUCUACAGCAAGAUCCCUGUGCGUAGACGACUGUGCGAUAGCAACCUUCCAGGUCUACGGGGACGGAGGAGGAAAAAGUGCCAUAAAGAAUACACAGCGGUCAUGGAAAAUAUUGCUGUGGGCUGUACAUGCAUCUUCUGAGCACACAAUUCUCUUUUCACAAUCCCCUAUGUGUUUCUGAUUUCCAA